AUGUCAAGCCUCAACAUUAUUGGCUCCAAGCCCCCUCAAUCUUCCUAUGCCAGGAAUCAACAAUGGUGGUCCAUGCAAAGAUAUAGGAUUGCCAUGGGCGGAUUCGCGUUGAUCAUGCUUCUUGCAAUUUCUUCUUGGGGAUCCGGUAGUACUACUACAACCAAGGAAGCCAUGGCAGAAAUGGGAGAAACGCAAUCCGACGGUGUGGUCGAGAAACCAUCCAUCACGAUGCAUGACGCCGGUGGGAUAUCCUAUUAUCACUGCAAGGGAACUAGCACAGCCACAAAAGAGAAACCGUUAGUCAUGCUCCAUGGAGCUGCAUUCACUAAAGAAAACUGGAAGACAUCGGGGAUCCUUGAUGAGCUGUGUCAAACGACAACCACAAAACGAAGAUUAUCUGUGUUUGCUGUUGACCUCCCCGUCUCCAAAACCUACCAAGAUCUGAUUCAAUUUCUAGAAGUGCUGAAAUCCGAAGGACGAAUAUCCGCGCAUGUGGCACUGGUGACACCCUCCGCCUCGGGCAAGACGAUGAUUACGUGGGCGGCUCAGGCAGCCACGGUCAAACAAACGUUGCCAAAAUACAUUGAACGAUGGAUCCCAGUGGCUGCCAAUGCCAUUAACAUGCAACCAGAGGAGAACAUUCAACGGCUUGAUGGACUCUUACCCAUUCUAGCCAUUUACGGGGACCAGGACCGGCCGGGCAAACAAAGUUCCGAGCGACUGCAGUCGCUGGCAGGAGCCACCGUAGUGGAACUUAGUGGAAGACACCCAUGUUAUUUGGACAGUCCAAACGAAUUUGUCACGGAAGUGGUCAAAUUCAUUGAAGAGGGAGGUUGA